CUAAAUUGAGAAGCAAAAAUAUUUCAUUCAGCAUUUCCACGAGCCGUGAUAUUUUUGAUUUUGUACUUUAAACCAUCAUAUUUAUGCUCUUUUUACAAGUACGGCUAACGCGGGCUUCUUUAAUCAUACGUUUUUGUUCGUAUACCGUGCUUAUAGGGAAUUAAUAGUACUGCGAAGACGUCAGUUAUUUUCAAUCUUUUCCUUUCUUUGACAUGUUUAACAAGUCGGCACUUCUUUUUCUUCAUGUUUUUGCUGUGUUUUGCUUCAAUAACUGUCGAAUGAAAGCAGUUGAUGUUGAGGCCAAAGAAGGUUGUUCAGUAACGAUGAAUUCGGAGUUCUCGACUUUAGCUGCUUUGUCAGAAACGGACGAGGACUUCCAUAUCUAUUGCCACACAAUGAGGCAAAUUACUGACUGCCUGAAUAUUACCGUCGUCAAUCACCCCAAAGUUGCUGCUUCACGGGCAAAUAUUAUGGCGCUGAACGUUGUUCAGGGAGUGGUUAGUAAGGUCUGUUCCGCAGCCAAUGCAAGCCGAUGGGCGCAGGAAUAUACUCGCUGUCACAACGCUACCGCCUUUGCUGAAUGCGCUAAGCAACUUUCUAAUUCUUCUGAUCUUAGUGCUGUGUGCAGAGACCACAUAUUGCAUUACGAAUGCUUCGUGCCAUGGACGAAGAAUGUCUGCUCCCCGGAAGCCCAACAGUACCAUGACCUCUUGCAUGACAUUGCUGUGACCGCUCAGUGUACAUCCGAAACAUCUGGUGCCAGCCUUAGGACAUCGACCAUCGUGCAACCGCUCAUUAUCGGCACCGUGGUGGCUCUUGUAGUGUUUUACGUCUCGAAAUACUCUGUAGUCAUGCAAAUCUAAUCUACAUCGAUGGACACGGUGCUACUCUAUAACUGUUUGGACAAGAAAGUGUCCCCAAUACAAGUCAUUGCAUCCGCAAUAUACUUACUGAGGAAGGUUUUAUUAUGUUUUGUUUGAGAAUUACAGCGAGUGUUGUUAAUUUUGAGCAAGGAUUUGGUAAGGAAGCACGGAUUUCAUUAUGAUACGCAGGUAACAGCUAAAGAAAUUAUUUAUUUCUUUUUUUCCGCUUCACUUAGGUUUGUUAAUAAAUGGCAAGGAGAUCAAGGCGAAAAUGCCACUUUUGCCGGUCACAAGCGUUUUUGGAUCAAAAUGGCGCACAUUUCGCAUCGUCUUCGUUUCGUUUUUAUUUUUACUACGAAAACCAUUCGGCCUAAUUUACUCACGGCAUACUACAAAAGAGUGCUUAGCAUUUUACGGUCCACGUUUACUAUCGGCUUGUCGGCAUCGGCACUUUAAUUUAUGAGUGCAGUUGAAAGAUUCUCACUG